ACUGCAAAAUGGAAUUUCUGUAUGGAACAACAGAAUUGCUGGUCUGAAUUUGUGCUAGAGUGGAAACUAUAGAGACUAAGUGCUCCAGAAUCUGUUAAGGAUCCAAAUCAGAAUGUAAAAAAUGUGCCGAAAAUAGAAGAUUUGAAAGAUCCUUUGACAUUAAAAUUUGUAUUUGUGGUAAUGAAAAAUGGCGAAAGUUUUCCUGAUGAAUACAUGAUAAAAACAAAUCCUAGUUAUGAAUGGAAGCAUUACAAAUUCCCUCGUGGGGAAUUGACAAAGCUAGGAAGACUUACUAUGUACGAAGCUGGUGAAAACCUGAGACACUGGUAUCCGGAAUUCCUGAGCAGAUCUUACGUCACUAAACAUUUAGUAAAGGUUACUGCUGUUGGAAGUAAAUUUACUGUUAAUUCAAGGGAAAGUGCCUUAAUUGUAAGAGCAGCACUUAGACAAAAGAAUAAAAAGCAUAGCUUGAAAAGAAAAUGGUCUACAAGAAAAUUGGCUUCAACUAGAAAUGACGAGUUUACUAAUGCUGCGUCAGACUAUUACUUAAAAUGUAAAGAGUAUCGGCCUGCACAAAAUAAGGCUUUGUAUGAUAGUUUAAUCACAAAAUUCAAAAAUGACUCCGGCUUCGGAGGAUUGUGGAGAGCUUUACAAGAAAAUACCAAAGCCGAUUUGGAUUACAAUAAUUUGUCAAAAUUGCAAUACUUAUUCGAAUUAUAUGAAACUAGCGAACUGAGUGGUAUUGGAUUUCCUCAUUGGCUACAUAACAACAAAUGGUAUACUUACUAUGAGUUAAUGCGAGAAUACGUUAAUGCAUCAUAUUCAACAGAUUAUUUAAAAACUGUUGCUGGAGGUCGUAUGCUUCAAUACUUUAUUGAUAGAAUGGACGACAAGCUUAAUGGAAAAUUAGAACCUUGCGAUACACGAAUGUUAGUAAAUGUUGGCUAUGGCAAAACAGUAUCGCCCUUUUUGGCAGCCUUAGGUGGUAGCAAAGGCUUUACCCAUUCAUAUGAAGUGGCCUCAAUUGAACCGGAAAAAAAUGAAACUGUUGUCAAUGUGACUGUGAAUAGCUUCAGACCUUUCCAUGGCGGUAUGGUGAUAGUCGAAGCACAUCAAUUGGAUAACGAUAAGGACUUUUGGCUAAGGGUUUUUGUUAGUGGAAGUACAAGUAGCCCAAUUGAAGAGUUAAAAAUAAACGACUGUACUUAUCCAUGUAGCUACCAAAAACUCAAGGAGAAAUUGCAGUCUUCACAAUUAGCUGUUAAUAUGCAAGACUGGCUAAAAGCGUGCAAUAUAGGGUCUAGUUGGAAAAAGUAA